AUGGAAGAGUGUGAGAGACUCUUCUGCGAGACGCUGAAGACUGUAUUCUUGGUUGAGAAGGAUACCGGUCUUGAGAACUCGCUGAUGAUGGACUUGCGUAACAACAACGUGAGUACCACCAGCACGAACGGAGCAGGCACGAACUGCAGGCCAAUUCCACAGCCGUCGCAGCAUCAUACUACAUUCCAGCAUGGCCAUCCUACACCAUCGCCUUCGCCAGACGGUCGCAUCUAUCCCAAGCAUGGAGACCUGAUCAAGGAAUACGUAGAAGUAUGGGACUAUGCCGGCGGCGCCCGGUUCCGUGGAUUCGUAGCUGAGAAGAACAAUGAACGCGCCAUGUUCAUCUUCUUUGACAAGGAAGUCAUCAGUAUGGACCUGAAGCCAGGCCUCAUGUCCCUCCUUGAACUCUCCACAAGCUCCCACUUCGCCUGCGACCAACUCGUCAUCUGCGUAGACCGCACCGCCCCCCCCUCCGACGUCCAGGACCUAAACAAAUCCCUCGGCUGGGUAGGAUUCGAGCUCUCGACGCUCGACGAAUGGUCCGCCGGGGCCGCCAGAAGCAGCACCACCACAUGCAUAAGCGACCGGUACAUUUUCCUUGGCAUGGACCUCUAA